AUGUCGUCUCCAUACAGGAAAGGCUUCAGGUCGCCCAAAUCCCCAAGGACUGCAGCCCGCUUGAACGGCCUCUACAAGGAGAAUGCGUGGUACUGCAACUGCCCAGACCGAGAGCCAGCCGUCAGGUUCCAAGUGAAGAAAGAAGGACCAAAUAGAGGACGAUGGUUUUAUACGUGUCACAAACCGCAAGGUCAGCGCUGCACGUUCUUCCUCUGGAACGAAGAGGCCGAACUUCGCGAGAAGACCGUUGUGAUGGCAAACUCCGACUCUGAACCAGACCCCCGAUCUCAAUCUCAAUCUAACAUGCCUUCAACUCCAACCAAGAGCACCCAACGCUCCAACGGCCUAUUCACACCUCAAACCGAUCACAGAAUAAUAGACGUCCCACCACGUCACUCCGCCUCCAAGCCCGCGACAACCUCCAUGACACCCAAAGCGCGCAUGAUGGCCGAAGACAACGACGAGUUCGGCUGGGACCUCGACUCAGACGACAAUGCCAAACUUACACAAGCAAGCCAGUACGCCGAAGAAUCCUUUAUGUCGCAACCGAAUUUCCACGCCGGCUCUCCGCCCUCCAAAGCACCCCGCACUCCUCGAAAUAACUCCCCAGGCAAGCGCAAGUUAUCGGACUACGUCCAUGAGCCACAAUCCACUCAAUCCUCUCCUUAUUUUGGCACACCUGGCACAUCUUCCGCAUCCUCAUUUCGCCCUCCGCCUGCCUCGGCUGAGCUAUGCAUGACGCCCACGCCGAAAAGAUAUCGGGAUACCGAUAUCCUGACUGUGGAUUCGCGAUCUGAUGAAUCGGAUUUGGCGAAGGAGCUUUUGAGUAUUUUCAAGAAACAUGAGGUUGUUAUGUCAAAUGAGGCGAGGGAUGAGUUUGUUUCGCGGGUCAAUCUUGAGGAUUCGAGAUAUAAGGGUGCACUGAGGGCGAGGGAUUUGUUACGGGAAGCGAUGAAGAAGAAGGAUAAGGAAAUUUUGGAGCUGAAGGAAAGGAACACGAAUUUGAAGGCUCAGGCUGAAAUGGUGCAGAACAUGGUCAAUUCGUUUCACGAGUGA